AUGGUAUUUUCUGGCAAUGCGACAUAUCCUACUACGCGUCUUGUGUGGGCCACUCCAGUUCCGAAAGGACGAUGGAAUAUGUUCCCACGCACACGGCACGCUUCUACGGUGACUCCUUCAGCAGUAAAUAGUCGACCAUCGGUGUGCUUGUCAUCUUACCUCCUUCAAGGACGGAAUGUGAUGUUGGAAAUAAACCAUGUUGCUAAAAGUGAAGGCCUGCUCGGAAAUGUAGGAGCGAAACUGAUUGCACAUACGCUGAUAGCUCAUGGAGGCCAUAUUUACAUCCACGCAAACGAUCUUGGACCCCACAGUUUCCCAGCGAAUGUGCCAUGUGCUCAACCACGUCGCCAACUUCUUCGGGUUACUCGAUACUGGCCUCUCCGCUCCGAUCAGUCUUUCAUUUACAAUGUCCCAAAGCGAUUUGAUGCAUUUUUCACCAUCAUGAGGCAGCAGCAGUUGUCCGCGGUCGAUGUGGAUAAGUGCAAACAGGUGAUUCAUCAAUUGCUAGCGAUGAAAGAUUCCAAGGAAAGGCUCAUCGAUGGGUAUGUUCUCAUCACGGCUGCUGAAGGAUACCAACUCGAAGUGUGUUUUGCGGAAAUCGCUCGUCAUUUGGCCAAUUAUGCAAAUCAUUCUGAGAAACACACUGAAUCGACUGGAUUAGAGCGCAGUGUGAAGAUACCUCCACCUGACGUAUUAGUUUUGGAUAGAAUUCGGUGCAAAUGGCAAGAUUCUUCUCCCACAAAUUCUGCUAUGCCGCCAGCUUCUGUCACAUCAUCGAUUACUCCAGAUAUGAGGAACUUGAGUCGUAGCGAUUCUCCUUUACCCAAAAAGCCAAGAAAAGCUUGCUAUUUGUGGAAGCCAAAUGAAACAUUGAACUUGUACGAGUACCUCAUGGAAAAGGAGGAACGUCAACAUCGAUCGCAAUGGGUGGACUUUGUUGGUCGAGUGAAAGCAGGAAAUCGUCCAGCGAUUCUCUAUCCUAAUCUGGAAUCUACAGGGGCUGCAAAGCAGGAUUAA